AAUGCUUGUUUGACAGUCACAGCGGGCACGCCCUUGCCGCCCGAUUCAUCUUCAGACAUGUCGCGCGCUUCCGUCACUCCACCGAACUUCUCGUGGGUUCAACCUCAGAAACUCGCCGGACUGGCGUGUCCUUCAGAAGCUCAGCAUUUCAAGUUCCUGGUGGAGAAUGGCAUCAAACACCUGGUGUGCUUGCUAGAAUCAAUCCCACCGAAAUAUGAGACCUGUCCAGAGCUCAUCCUGCAUCACAUCAGCAUAGUGGACUUCACGCCACCGAGUCUGGCUCAAAUACUGCGAUUCCUGAGCAUCGUGGAGGAAGCCAAUGCUAAAGGGGAGGCUGUUGCGGUUCACUGUAUGCAUGGUCAUGGCAGGACAGGGACCAUGCUAGCCUGCUAUCUGGUGAAAACAAGGAACAUCUCCGGUCGAGAAGCCAUCAAGGAAAUCCGCAGACUUCGAAAAGGGUCCAUUGAGACAGAAGACCAGGAGAAAGCAGUGAUAGAGUUUCACAAAUACAUUCAAAACUGUUCUCAAAAACAUUAAAUCCACACUCACAUUUAUAUCCACAUUGACAGGUGUCUGUGAUCCAUGUUCUUCACCAGGUGUUAAGUCUCUCUCUCUCUCACACACACAA